AAACAUAGUAGCCAUGGAACAAGACGGACGCAAAAAAAUUGCUCGCGUCAAAUUGUUCCAUAAAAGUGUGAAAUUUUUGUUAUAAUCCAAACUGAAAACCAAAAAUUGAAAUUGUAGUGAAGUGGUUCAGCAGGAAUAUUAAGGACGUAUCAUCCAAUUGAAGAUUUGUAAAAACCCGAGAUCCAGAGCAAAUGUUUAUGAACUGCGUGUUCAGAUCAACCCGGACCAAUGAUGGCCGACAGAAAAGGAAGAUUCAUGUGCCACGUUCAUCGGAAGCAGCACUGUUAAGACGAUGCGGCUUAAAGAGGGAAAGCGGCUAAAGCUGAUAAGCAAUGAAGAGUUCAAGUUGAACGUCCGAUGGCUGACGCACGCCUAGGCAUUGACGCACUUCUUCUCGGCGACCGGAAAGAGCAAGCGGUGUUUCUUCAGACUACCGUAGAUGAUGAAUCCGUUUCAAAAUUGAUUGAAGUAAAUCCUAUCGAACGGGCUACUAUAUUUUCGGAUGAAAUACGACCGUCGGAUCCACGCAAUGUUGGACCAUGUGGAGGGUUCAGUAUGCAGUAUGCCUGUAUGUGCGAUUUUCAUGCUGUUCAAUAUAGGGAAGAAGUCGCUUGGGAUAUCGAUACUAUUUAUCUAUCGCAUGAUAAUCGUAUACUGAAUUUGAGAGAUUUCGACCAUCUCGAGCAGAAGGAUUUAACAGCAAUAGUAUCAGCACUAGAGUAUAAUACAUUUUUUAGAGGUUUGAAAAUUACCAAUACGCGCCUGUCGAUAGAAACACUGGAAAGGAUAUUGCACGUAUUAAAACGAUCCAUGUGGUUAGAGGAGCUACAUCUUGAGGCACUGGGUCUACGGUCGGAUUUCAUACACAAACUUUCGAUUGCUGUUAUUUCAAAUCCGAAUCCUGCACUACGGUCAAUUGAUUUAAGUCAUAACAUGAUAGAGGAUAAAGGUGCUGGACAUUUUGCGGGCCCAAUCGCAAAAAUAUCUAAAGGUGUAUCAAAAUUGUCACUCUCACAUUGUGGUUUAACUUCCAAAGGUGUUAAUCAGAUAGCUCAAUCGCUUUCACUAAACCAAAACGUUUCCAAUUCAUUGGUUUUUCUUGACUUGAGUGGUAACAAUUUGAAGGAUGAUGUAAAUAACUUGUAUAAUUUUUUGGCGCAACCCAAUGUUAUAGAAUAUUUGGACAUUUCUAGAACAGAUACAACACUAGAAAGUUUAUUUGGUGCUUUACUACGAGGAUGCUCAACUCAUCUUUUACAUUUGAACGUGGCACACAACUCAUUCAACACUAAAAAAGGAAAAGAAAUCCCGCCAUCAUUUAAACAAUUCUUUACUAGCAGCCUGAAUUUGAAACACCUCAACAUUUCUAAUUGUAAACUACCAUUGGAAGCUUUGAAACAUCUUUUGCUGGGUUUUGCUUGCAACGAAUCAACAGCUGGUCUAUAUUUAGACCUAAGUUGUAACUCACUGAGUUCUCAAGGCGCACAUGUUUUAGAAUCAUGUAUUCACGGCGUACGGGUUCUUUCAAGCUUAGAUAUAAGUGAUAAUAAUCUCGAUUUAGAGAUGGCUUCCGUACUCACUGCCAUUGGAAAAAAUCCAUCAAUAAAGGUGCUACACAUGAGUAAAUGUUUCAACGGAAUGAAAAUAAAGCAUAUUUCUACUGUUAUGGAGGCUCUUGUAAAUUUGAUCCAGAAGGACGAUUUCCAGUUGCAAGAGCUUGUUCUAUCGGAAAACAAACUCAAAAACGAUUUACACAAUUUUAUCAAUGCACUAGGAAGCAAUCAAAGCCUACAAAUGCUAGAUAUAACUGGAAACCUGAUGGGCGAUAUCGGUGCCCGGCUUCUGGCAAAGGCGCUCCAGAUUAAUAACAGGCUAAAAACAAUAUGUAUGGAUCGCAACAGCAUAACAUUACAAGGAUACGCUGACAUAGUGUAUGCGUUGGAGCAUAACUUUUCGAUGAGAAACAUUCCAUUUCCUGUAUUCGAUAUUACACCAUGUUUAAAACAGCAUCCUGAAAGAACAGACACACUCAUGCGGAAAAUGCAAGAACUACUGUCCCGAAAUGGCGAUGGGUCAAGGCGAGGAAAUGGUCAAGGAUUCAGAUUGCAGCAUGGUUUUCUUCUGUCGGCAACACAUCAAAUUUUAGAAAAGUUAGUGACGGAAACUCAAGAAGAAAUGUCAUUGCGGCAAGGAGGUGAAAAUAAUUUGACGAAACUUUUACAAGAUGCCGAAAAUUGUAAGCAGUUACUUCCAAAGCUGCAGGAUGCGGUACGAUGUGAUCCUCAUCACAUAGAAGUGCGAUUAAGCAAACUAAAACUAGAACUGCAUUCAGCUAUAAAACAUUAUCUGAAGGAAACAAUGGAAACCAUGUUACGAACGGGUAUUGAACAAUGUCCAAUAACACUUGGUAAUCAAGGAAUGUUAGCAGAGCUAAGAAAAGGCUGUGAAGAAAAAUUUGUUAUAUCCGAGGAGUUCCUGCAGAACUGUCUAGUAAAUAAUGCAGGUAGCGAGGUUAUGAAUCGAAUCAGUGAGUUAGAACAGUCAAUGGCUAGCCUUAUUUCCGACCGAGCUACUGAUGAAGUUUUAGAAGCGUUAACUCGUUACAAGAGAGGACUGCGUUUGUCCGAUUCACCACAUAGCUUCAUUGAAGACCUACAAACACCAGAAGCAACGAGAAGCCGCUCUAAUCAGGACUAUCAUGCAGUUGAUCAGUUUGAAACCCGAGGUUUAGAUUUACCCAAGCUGGGACUCGACUCUCCAACCAAGCUGGAAUAUUUAAAUCUCGCAACACCACAACUACAAUCAAAGCGCCGAUCCAUUGCACGGAAGGUGCGACCCCAAUCUGUCGUUGGGCUUGGCAUUGAAAAUCUAAGUCUUUCAAAUUUACCAGAUAUGCUAAAGAAUCCCUCGCCUGAACGCCAUUAUAGCAGAAGUAAACUAGGAUCUACUAAUGAACAAAAAGAUGAGGAAUGCUGCGACUCCAUAUCCGAAUUACCUAGUCAAUCAAUGACACUACAACAUUUAGUGAAAGGUCGACCAAAGCGAGCUAAAACUCGGGCAUCCAAAAAAACCGCUGCUAUUCAUAUUGCCGACCCAUCAACUGUUAAUGAAGGCAUCGAAGAAUUUUUCAGGCCUGCUUCGACCACGCCAUCAACGCUUACACCACUUGUGUCGCCAACUUCGGAAGAUUGUAGUUUACUCUCAUUUGCUGAUAGCCCCACGCUCAGUCGUGGUGAUGGUAGUCGUUUCAGUAAUGUGACAUCAGAAGAAACAACUCCAAUUCUUGAGGAGCGCAGAAUUAUCAAAUUAGAGAGGUCCUCCCCUGUAAUGAAAAACGUCAAUUGGUCUUCAAGGUCGCGUUCUUCAGAUAAUUUAGAGAAAGUUUCACCGUCAAUCAACGAAAAGUCUCCAACUAGUAAUUAUAUAGAAAACGCAAAAGAGAUGCCUGAUGCAUAUCCUGCCACAAUCAAUAGCAAAGAUAUGGGCAAGCAUAAAUCUCCAAGUAACGAGUCUGUUAAGAGCCAACAUUCCGAGCUUCAGAGGCCAGGAAAUGAUAUAAUAAAAACUCCAGUUCCGGCACAAAAACCUCGCCCUUGGUCAGUGCUUGGUCAUGAAUCAAAAAACGAUUUUGAAACAAAUGAUGCUACUGCAAUGACUCCCGAUGAUAUCAAUGAUGGGAUGGAUCUUGUAUUGAUAUCCGGGCAGACUCCAGGUGGUUCUAUUGUUGGCAUAACUCCAGGUGCAAUUGGAGGAGGAAGUAUUGUUGGCAUUACACCAGGCGCAGUAAUGGAGAAAAAGUCGGUCAGAGAUAUGGCGGCCAAUCUAAACAAACUAGGAGACCAGAUAUUUUUGAACAAACCCUGAUUCCAACUCCAAGAAUGAUUGGCAAGAACAAUUUCAAAAAUAUUCCAAUACAAGAAUCAAACAGAAUGUUUUACUGGAGAAUAUUGCGGAGAUUCCACCUGUUUAGAAUACUGCGCGGAAAUUAGUUGCGUGAAUUUUUCUUGCAUUGGGCCACAGAUAUAAAUAAACAGCUCGCGUCCUGGUGAAUCUUUUUCGCGGAGUUGUUGAGUACAAUGUUGGCGAUAGUUUUGCAUUGUAAACAAACAUUUAUAAUGCACCUACCCUGAAAAUGAGCUCAAUAAAUUGUUUGCGCCGGAAUCUAUAAAUCUCUACAACGGGCAAUACAAAAGCAUCAAAUCUAAUUGUACAGAUACCAUCAUCUAACGAUAUUGUUCGUGCAGUUGAAAAUCGGAAUUUUUGACACGCGAAAAUCGAUGUUUCUCCUAAACCGUGUGUCGGACGUACGUCCGGCACAGUGCGCUGGAUAGAGGGCCAGAUCCGCUGCCCUGCGCACUACGUCCGACGUGAGGUUUCACGUAUGGAUUUUGAGAAAAUGUGAUUGUCGGGUGUGGGGAAACUUCGGGUUUCAACCGCGACGACAAUAAAAUUUAAAAUUACUGUAAGGACGACUUGUCGUGGAACUAAAACCACAUAUCGGUAGCAGCUUCUACUUCAAGCAGCUCCAAUACUGCAAAUAAUAUUAAAUUAUUAUUACAUUGUUACAUAUCACGUAUUUUAUCUUACAGUGUAGUAGAUGUACGCCAGGACAGCCGAAUCUCCUAACCGGAGUUCUGUUCCUAUCUUCCGCACGGACUAAUGACACUGCCGAGUCAUAAAAUUAUCGCCACCGUCGGCCUUCGUGCGACCGUUUAUAUGUUCCACUCGUGCAUCAGGGUUACCAGCUCCGUUGGGAACCCCUGCGGCCGCAACAAUGACAAACGUCAGUCGUAAUUUGCCGGUGUGUGACACCCGUCAACCUGACAAGGCAUAAAUAGAAAGUGUUUGGAUGACUAGCGAUAAAUUUGGACUUGCUCGGAAUUGUGAUUAUUAAAUUUGUUAUAUUGCAGAGAAUAUAAGCAUUAGUGUUUGCCAGCUUAGUUAGUAACAGUUACGAUCAAAUAAGAAAUUAUAUUUUCUUUAUAAUGACUACCUUAUGUAACCCGAUAACACUAUGUAGGUAAUACUGACCAGUAUAGAUCGCGCGGGCAAUAUCGUAAACUAAAGAAUACGAUUGAGUUCCGUAAGUCAACAUUGGUCAUAGUCUACAUCAGUGUUUCCCAAACUUUUAGGAGGUUUCGCCCCCUUGGAGCUUGCGAAAAACAUUUUACCCCCUAUGUGAGAUUUAUUUUUCCAUGAUAAAAGGCUGAAAAUUUGCUAAAUGGAAGCCUUUGAAAGUCCACUUUUCGACGCUACUGUGGAAUUGGUAAUUAAUGUCUCUUAAUUAGUAUCGCUCUCAUUUUCAUUAAGUUACUUUCCAAAUGCAUUGAUUGUCUGCAUUUGAGAAAAAAAAAACUAUUAUUGCAUGUAAAAACGAACGCUCGUUUAGCCUCAACCAGAUGUUUUACCAGUGUUCUAAAAGGGGUUUAUCAACACCCGAGAUGUUUGGUCACAAGUACUCAAAUCAGACUGGUGGGGAAUUAAAAAAAAACAAUUGAGGGCGUUAGAAGCAAAGGGGUGUAAAUGUCAAGAACACACUUUCGUGUAAGUUAGUUUUUGACCAAUUUUUCAUCAUUUGUAUGGAGUUUCAAAAUCAACCCAGUUUUCGCUGAUUUAUUGUAAUUUUUCCAAACAUCAUAGAAACAAUCUCAAAAAAAGUUCCUGAAAGCUUGAAAUCUGAUGAGUUUUAUGAUAUGAUCAGCUCAAAAUCAAUAAAAUGGUCACUUACAUCCCUUUGAUUCUGGGCCCCUCAAUUACAAGAAUAUCUUUUAUGCUAAAAGUGCAACUCAAGAACGUAUUGGUGUAUUUUUGAAUGUAGCCAGCUUUGCUUAGUAAUUCAAAAUGAAAUGAAUUGACAAGCUUCCUAUAUUUCGGAGAACUUUCUAACCUUCCGUAACUCGCGCGGUUGACUACCUGCGUCAGCACCACGCUAAUGCUGAGUACAAAAAGCGAGAUUUUUUUAACGUGUUGUACAAAAUACAACAGCGCGAUCGCUCGAGGGUUAAUGGCAAGUAAGCAAACAUUACAUGGCUUUGAAGGAAUUUAACACUGAAUUUGAGGAAAAAAAAAUCAAAAUAGCUUCUAGCAUAAGUUACGUUAGGAAUUCCUUCGGGUAGCUUCUCUGAAAUAUUUCUAAACAAUGUGUGACGACUUUUAUCUGAAAAGUGUUCUGUAAUCUUAAACUUCAUGUUUGUGGUUAAAAUUUUCAUGAAAAACAAACCGCACAUAAAUUUAAACAAAAACUUUUUUAUCAAAUAGAAAUAAACCCACUUUCAAUAAACACUUUCAUAAUUUUUACAGAAUCAGGAUUUUUUGCCAUGGGAGUUUAUUAUUGAUUGGAUCUCCAGAAUCACUAGAAAUUCUUUCGGAAAUUCGUUUUGCAAUUGUCUAUUUUUCUUAGAAUUUUGCCAAAAAGUCCACAUAAACAUCGAAAAUUCUGUUCAUUCAAUCGAUUUCGAAACAGACAUUUUUCAAGAAUCCUAGAAACAAAAAAUCUUGAAAUGUUAGGGAGCUUUAAUGAUUCAGUUGACAUUCAAUACAAUACAUUUCAAAACGUUUGAUUAAUAAAUAAAAUUAAUAAAAAAAUCGCCCCCUUUUUAGUAUUUUCGCCCCCCAAUUUUGGUUUUUCAAAUUUUCGCCCCCUUCGACCUGGUUUUCGCCCCCUAGGGGGCGAUUUCGCCCACUUUGGGAAUCACCGGUCUACAUGUACACUAAAUUUAACGUAUUUAAACAGUCUUACGUAUACUUGAGUUUCGGAUCUCAAAAAUGGACUUCAUGUCCAACAGGCACUGUCUCUAGACUCAAGAUUGACAUCGUUCUUUAUUUGGC